AAAUGACUGAAGAAUAAUGUGAUUAUGUGUUCAAAUUCAUCAUUAUUGGAAAUGGUAAUUGUGGUAAAACAAGUCUCCUUCAUCAUUAUAUUCAUGGGACAUGUAAUUAAUUAGAUGAAUUAAGAAAUUUAAAAUGUUAAGCAAACAUUAGGAGUUGAAUUUUCUGCCAAGAUAAUUUAAGUGAAAUAAAAGAGAAUUAAAAUGUAAUUAUGGGAUACCGCUGGCUAAGAGAGAUAUCGAGCUUUAACAAAGGGUUACUAUAGAGGAGCAUUAGGAGCAUUAAUUGUAUUUGAUGUUACUAAGUACAAAUAUACAGUACAAUAGUUCAGACUCUUUUGAGGCUCUUAAAGAGUGGAUAAAACAUGCCAGAGAUUUUUCUAAACCAUCUAUUUAAAUUAUUAUUAUAGGAAAUAAAAUAGAUCUAGAAAAAGAAAGGUAAAAUUAAAUUUAUCACAUAAGAGUGAUUUCCUAAUAAUCUGCGAUAUAAUUUUGUUAGGAGAAUGAUGUUUAAUAUAUAGAGACAAGUGCAACAACUGGUCAUUAAGUUAACGAUGCAUUUUUUCAAAUCACUUUAAAAGUUUUGGAUCUGUUAUAGUAAGGAGGAAUAGAUGGAGAGAUGAUCAAACCUAAAUUCUUAACUUCAAAAAAAGUAGAUGAAAAUGAAAAAUAAUAGUAAUGUAAUUGUUGACCUC